AUGACGGAAGGCCAUACCUUCAAUAACAUCUCUCUCAGCGGUCGCGGAGGAACGAACCCUGGCCUCCUUAAAAUUAACUCUGGAGGCAUUCAAUGGAAGAAGCAAGGUGGUGGAAAAGCUGUUGAAGUCGAGAAAUCUCAUAUUGUAGAUCUCAUUUGGAUGAAGGUUCCGAGGACAAAUCAGCUUGGAGUAAAAACUACAGAUGGGUUAUACUAUAAGUUCAUUGGAUUUCGGGAUCAGGAUGUUCCAAGUCUGACCAGCUUUUUCAAAAGUAAUUUUGAUAAAGAACCUGAGGAGAGACACUUAUCUGUCACUGGUCGCAAUUGGGGAGAGGUGGAUUUGAAUGGGAAUAUACUAACCUUCUCGGUUGCUACAAAGCAAGCUUUUGAAGUAUCUCUAGCUGAUGUUUCUCAGACUCAGCUUCAGGGGAAAAAUGACGUCGUUUUGGAGUUUCAUGUUGAUGAUACUGCUGGUGCCAAUGAGAAAGACUCGCUGAUGGAGAUAAGUUUUCAUGUUCCUACUUGCAACACCCAGUUUGUUGGUGAUGAGAAUUGUCCGCCUGCUCAAGCAAUCAUAGAUCGGGCUGAUGUUGAUCCUGGAGUUGCAGAGGCGGUAGUCACAUUCGAGGGUAUCGCAGUCCUCACGCCCAGGGGUCGGUACACUGUGGAGCUUCAUCUUUCUUUCUUACGUUUGGUCGGACUAGCUAACGACUUUAAAAUCCAAUACAGUAGCGUUGUCCGCUUGUUUUUGCUUCCAAAGUCCAGCCAGCCACAUACGUUUGUUGUUAUCUCUCUAGACCCACCAAUCCGGAAAGGCCAGACAUUGUAUCCCCAUAUUGUGAUGCAGUUUGAGACCGACUCCGUGGUCGAAAGUGAACUCUCAAUUAGUGAAGAUCUUAUGAAUACAAGGUUCAAGGACAAGUUGGAGCGAUCAUAUAAGGGACUCAUUCAUGAAGUAUUCACCACAGUGAUGCGUUGGCUGUCUGGUGCAAAGAUCACUAAACCAGGGAAAUUCCGCAGUUCCCAAGAUGGGUUUGCAGUGAAAUCAUCUCUUAAGGCGGAAGAUGGUGUUCUUUAUCCACUUGAGAAAGGCUUCUUCUUUUUACCUAAACCUCCAACGCUUAUACUUCAUGAUGAGAUUGAAUAUGUGGAGUUUGAAAGGCAUUCUUCUGGUGGUGCUAACAUGCAUUACUUCGAUCUUCUCAUAAGACUCAAAACUGAUCAUGAACAUCUGUUCCGAAACAUUCAGAGGAAUGAGUAUCACAAUCUCUAUACCUUCAUAAGCUCCAAGGGUUUGAAGAUUAUGAACCUUGGAGGUUCGGGAGCCGCAAAAGGUGUUACUGCUGUUCUUGGGGAUAAUGAUGAUGACGAUGCCGUUGACCCUCAUCUUGAGCGUAUCAGAAACCAAGAAGCUGCUGAGAGUGACGAGGAGGCAAGUGACGAGGACUUUGUGGGUGGAGAAGACGAUGACGAUGGUGGUUCACCAACUGAUGAUUCUGGCGAGGACGACUCUGAUGCUAGUCAAGGCAGCGACGAAGAGAAAGAGAAAUCCGUCAAAAAGGAAACAAAGAAGGAGGCUCCGUCGUCUUCCAAGGGAUUGCCUCCUAAGAGGAAACCCGUAGCGACAGAAGAAGGCAGUAGUAAGAAAAAGAAGCAGAAAAAGAAGAAGGAUCCGAAUGCACCAAAAGGAGCAAUGACUGGUUUCAUGUUCUUCUCCCAAAUGGAAAGAGAUAACGUAAAGAAGACUCACCCAGGAAUAGCAUUUGGAGACGUGGCGAAGGUUCUUGGAGAACAGUGGCGUGAGCUGUCUGCCGAGGAAAAAGAGCCGUAUGAAGCUAAGGCACAAGUGGACAAGAAGCGAUACAAGGAUGAGAUUAGCAAUUACAAGAACCCUCAGCAGCCGAUGAACAUCGACUCGGGAAACGAUUCCGACAGCAACUAA